UGCUGGUCUCAAGGGUGUAGCUCAGACACUGCAGUAGAAGGUAGGGCUUGGCUGCUGCACUAUACGAUGCGCUGAAAGAUGGUGCACCAAGAGAAAUGUGUUUACCAGGCCCAGAGGAACGAGAGGGAGUCCAUUAGGCAGAAGCUGGCCCUUGGCAGUUUCUAUGACGACGGACCAGUUACCUUUACUGGCUGCAGCAAGAGCAGCAAAAACUGCCCGUCCUCCCGGUUUCAGAAUGGGGUGAAUCUACAGAUGUGUUUUGUGAAUGACAGCAGCAGUGACAGAGACAGCGAUGCCGAGGACAGCAGAACAGAAACCAGCCUGGACACCCCAUUGUCACCUAUGAGUAAACAGAGUUCAUCUCUGUCUGACCGGGACACAGGAGAGGAAGACCUGGACUCGGAGGAUUCGGAGUUCUGGCGGUUACAGCGUCGGCUGCAGGAGGAGGCGCGUGUGGCUCUGGCUCUGGCCCGGCCCAUGGCCCGCAUGCAGGUGGAGGUGGAGAGACAGAUUCAGCUACACCGCAGGUCCCCCGUGGCAGACCUGUUACCACAUCUGCCACACAUCAGUGAGAGCCUAAUGAAGAGGAGUCUGAGGCCUGUGGACCUGAGGGACAUGAGUCUUGGUCAGUUACAGGUUAUCACCAAUGACCUGCACUCUCAGAUACAAGGUCUGAAUGAGGAGCUGGUUCAGCUGUUGCUCAUGAGAGAUGAACUACACAUGGAGCAGGAUGCCAUGCUGGUAGAUGUGGAGGAUCUGACCAGGCAUGCGCACAGCCAGCAGAAGCACAUGACGGAGAAGUCUCAGGCCAAAAACAAAGCAGUUUGCCACGGUCGCUGUGAUUCUCCAUUUUGAGGCAAUCAGCACAGGGUCCAUCCACUUGUGUUUCACUAUAUUAUGAAGCAGUGUACUCGCUAUAGACCCCUUUUUCAACUAGAUGUGUGUGUUUCUGCCUAUGUUACAAGCUUUGUGUGGAUGUAUGUCAAUUAUACAUGCUGUAUGUGUUCAUGCAUGCCCGCACCUUAGCUGAGGGUUACACACUCACUUUUGAGAAAGUCCUGCCGAUCCUUCAUAAUGUAAAAGAACCAUUCAACAUGAAUCAAUCACUGACAGGAUGGAUCUGUUCCUGUGUAGAAUGUCUGCUGGUUUCAUCAUGUAUUGAAUUGUAGGUCACUAUGGACCUUAAUGGGAAACAACCAUGAGAUAGUUCACUCAAUAAUUAAAUGAUUCUGUCAUCAUUUACGCACCCUCAUGUCAUUUCAAACCUGCUUAAAGAUAUUUCCAAGAAUGGUUUUUGUCCGUACAUUGAAUUAGGUCCAAAACAACAUUGGACCCCAUUGGCUUUCAUUGUUAGGGUAAAAACAUGAAGCCAUUUUCAAAAUAUCUUUUUAUUUUCCAUAGAAUAAAAAAGGCUUAUUCAUUUUAGCCGAACUAUCCCUUGAACUAUGGAAGAUUUUUUCCACCAUGGGGGGAUUUUUUUUUUUUUUUUUCACAAUUGCAAGGAAUAAAGUAAGACGUAGAGUUGUGAUAUAUAUAUAAACUCGCAAUUGUGAAGAAACAGUUUUUUUUUUUAGUUAAUAUUACAGUAAACUUGUAAUUGCGAGUUAUAAACUCCAAUUUGGUUUCUGAGGAAAAAACUCUAAAUUGUGAGAUAAAAAGUGGCAAUUACUUUUUUGAUUUUUUUUUUAUUCUGUGGCAGAAACAAGCUUCCAUAUCAAUUCAGAAGCAAAAGAAAUCCUAACCAAACGUGAAUUUUAGAAUAAUGUUAUGUUAGCAUUAUAUUUGUUUGAAGCUGCCUAGUGUGGUGGAAAUGUAUUAUUGUGUUCACAAUGAACUAUAAUGCCAGUCUUUUAAGAAUGCCUAUUUUACUUGCUUUUUCUUCUAAAUGUGUUUCCUGUUUCACAGAUGUAAGUGACACACCAUUCUGUAUUCGUGCACAGAACUGUAAAAGGAAAUCACGGUCAAAUAAAUGACUUAAUAUGGGCCAGUAUGUUUUGAUCUUCUAAACUGUCACAAGGCACGAAGCACUCAACACCAAACAAGUGUCAUUGUGGUUUGUAUUAGGUCAGUCCCAAAAACGAAACUGCAAAAUGAAAAAAAAAAAAA